AAUGUCUGAAGACUUUGAAGAUUUCGUAUCUACCCACGAGGCACUUAAAACUAUUUUCCCGCAAGCCUCCAACGAAGAAAUUACAAAAUACGAGAAGCAACUUAGUAGUGUAAAAAUUCUCGACCCAGUCCUUAUUAUUUCUCCAAAUCAAGCUUGGAUCAAUCAGCAGGGCGUCGAGAUGAGAAUUCUCGUUGUCUUUCACUUCGCAACCAACACCGAACUUUAUACUGUACGCGACAAUAUUCACGCUCUUUUUCCAAACGCCUUCUUCGUUCCUACUAGCCUCCAAGCUCAAAUCCCUAAUGCUCAACUGCACCCUGUUGGAACGGCAUGGAUACUAACAAAAGUGGGAGUACGCGAUAGUGAUUUCGGGAAAGAUACUCGUUUCUUUCUUAUCAAUUGA